AUCUCCUGAACUGUACUAACCCCCUGCCCAGAUCAGAACGCUCCAUUCUCAGCCCAUCAUGGAACGGGUGGGCUACAGCGAGUGGAAAGAUACUGAUCAACUUUCCUUGGCUGAACCCAAGUCCUCCUCCAAGUCCUGGAGUGCUGCAGGGUCCAGGCUGCUGCUCAUGGGGUGCUGGGCCACACUACCCCGCUACCUGGUUAUGGUCGUGACCUUGAUCCUCUGGGGAAGCCUCCUCAGCAUCAUGCUGACCAAGGGCUCUGAAACAUCCGUGGAGCUUGGGCUGCUGCAGGAGGAGCAGAACAGGCUGAGCACAAAUGGUUCUGAGAUGUUGGAGCAGCUGGAGACCAUCAAGAAGAAACUGGAGACAAUGGGCAGCCAACAGCAGGAGUCCAAGCAGAAACUGGAGGCUCUGAGCACUCAGCAGCUGGAGACCAUCAAGAGGAAACUGGAGGUACUGGGGAGCCAGCAUCUGGAGAUCAAAUCCCAGGCCUCCACCAGAUCUGAAGCUCUGAGGCGACUGCAGGACGAGCAGUCCAGGUUGAGUACCAGAGUGACCAAGGAGCUGGAUCAGACUGGGAAAGCCCUAGAGGACCUCCGCAGCGAGAUGUUCCGGGUCGUGGGUGCCUCACAGAGUGGCAAUGCCUCCUCUUGCAAGCCUUGCCCCCCUGGUUGGAGGAACUUUGAAGGGUCCUGUUACUUCUUUUCCUCCACCACUCUUCUCUGGCCCCAGGCCAAAGAUAACUGCAUUGAACAUGGAGCUCAUCUGGUCAUCAUCAACAAUCAACACGAACAGGAUUUCCUGACCCAGAAUGAUGGCAAAGGGUACUGGAUCGGACUCACGGAUAUGGAGUCGGAAGGAACACACAAGUGGAUUGAUGGCACUGACCUUACUUUUACUUACUGGAACACUGGGGAGCCCAAUGACUCUCGAGGGGUAGAGGAUUGUGUCAUGAUGCUGACCCAUGGCCGCUGGAACGACUUUCGCUGCACAAGUGACUCUGAUAACUGGAUUUGUGAGAAGAAACAGAUCUGCUGAGCCUGUCUCAGGGCAGGCAGGGGAAAUGGAAUCCCCAGAUGAACUGUUCAGGGAAGAUUCCACUAUGUGGGGGACCAUCUAUCUUUCCCCUACACUUAGGUUCCUCUCUAGGGCCAUCAAUUACUCUUUCACCUGGAAGGGGGCGACUGCCCUCUAAGAAAAGAGACCAUCAGGGCAUCUUAAACAGAUGGAAAAGGGGUUUAGGAAUCCCCACAAUUUGGCUAUCACAAUAUCCGUGUUAUAGGUUUCCUACUACAAUAGCAAUGAGACCUCCUCCCUUCAUGGCCCCAGCUAGUGUGAUGAAGGGGUAAGGCAGCUGGGUUCUAACCACAGCUCUUUCCUAGAGCUUACUGGGGUGCCCUCAGGAUCAUAGUUGCCAGCUUUUCAUUUUAAAUGCAGCAGCAAAAAGGCGGAGGGCUUUUAGAAGGGGAGCAAGCAGGCUGGUGCUUGGGAAUGGCAAGCUAACAUCAAAGAAGCAAAUGUUGAGGGAGACGUGAUUUUCCGUCCUUUCGUUUUGUCUCAUGGCUCUAGGAGGAGGGAUUAAAACAACGGCUUUGCCUUCCCACCUCACAGUGGGAACCUAGGGAGGCAAGUCCCCACUGUCCCCAUAGAGUUGGCACCUAUGCCAUUUGGUUACAGACAUGCCCACCACUCGGUAGUCUUGCCCUGUUUCCAUUUUGGGGCCUCAAUUUUCCUUUGCAGUUGGAGGAGUAGGCUCCCUCUUUCUCUACAGGGAUGAGUCGGGGACAGUCAAAUCCUUUGGAAGAAGCUGAGAUGGCAAUAAAUUGUUAUUUUCCCAGAA